AUGACAGCUGCUAUCAAGAUUGAUGAGAGCCUGUUGCAGGUACAUCUCACACCUGUCGAGGUGCCCAUCUACAAGCUCGAUGUCAAGGAGUCCUUCAAGAGCUUGACAACAAAGGAGAAACUCUAUGCUCAUCACUACUCCCAAGCUGCUUGGUGGGGAAGCUUGAUCUGCCUUGGACAGACAUCAGUGGAGAGUCCAAUCAUCUUUGACUUGUUCCAACGUAUGUUUACAUUGCGCAAGCCAGAUGCAUUGAAGGCUGCCAUCGUCCCAAGCGUCGUCUCUGAGGAGGACUUCACCAGCAUGGCCCAAUACGUCGCUCAGUUCUACGGCAACAUGGGUAACUACCUCAGCUUUGGUGAUACCAAGUUCAUCCCAAGAUGCAGCAAGGAGUCCUUUGGUUUGAUCGUCAAGUCAUUGAAUGAUGAACAGUUGAAUCAGUUGUGGACUCAAUGUGGUGACUUGGUCUACUCACUUGGCUCAAGAGAGAGGGAGUUGGGACUUGAGGAGCAUGGCCUGUCAACAUACUACUCACCAGAUAUCACUAGAGCAGAGAUCGAGUUGGUUCAGGAGUACAUGACCUCAAAGGACAUCUCAGCCUACAACACCAGACUCUUCAAGAAGUACUUCAACAACAAGCCUGUCUAUCAACUCCUUAUCGCCUCAUCCGAGCGUCCAGCCAACACCCCCGCCUCUAUUCACUUCAAGGACAUUGAGAUCCAAUUAGUGUACGGAGAUUGGUCCAAGUAUAUGGCCAAGGUUGUCAGUCACCUCGAGCAGGCACUGCCACACGUGGCCAAUGACAACCAGAAGAACAUGACCCAGAAGUACGUCGAUUCGUUCAGGAAUGGCAGCAUCCACGAUCACAAGGACUCACAGCGCUGGUGGAUCAAGGAUAUCUCGCCUGUGGUCGAGACCAACAUUGGAUUCAUCGAGUCGUACCGCGACCCGUAUGGAGUGCGUGGCGAGUUUGAGGGCUUCGUGUCGAUCGUCAACAAGGAGAUGUCCAAGAAGCUGGGCGCCAUGAUUGACGAGGCACAAAAGUUCAUCCCACUGCUCCCAUGGCCACGCGCAUUCGAGAAGGACGUGUUCAAGAAGCCCGACUUCACAUCGCUCGAGGUGCUCACAUUCGCCAGCUCCGGCGUCCCCGCCGGCAUCAAUAUCCCCAACUACGACGACGUGCGCCAGAGCGAGGGCUUCAAGAACGUCAGUCUGGGCAAUGUGAUUGCCGCACGCAAGGAGGAGCGUGUCACAUUCGUGCGCGAGCAGGACCAGUCGCUGUACAACCAUCUAAUGGUCGAGGCCUUUGAGGUCCAAGUGGCCAUCCACGAGUCAUUCGGUCACGGCUCUGGCAAGUUGUUCACCAAGGACGAGAAGGGAGUGCUGAACUUUGAUGCUACCGUCACCCUCAAUCCGCUCACCAACCUACCAAUCGAUUCCAACACCGAAGUCUAUCUCCCAGGUGAGACCUACGAUUCAAAGUUCAAGUCGCUAGGAAGUGCAAUGGAGGAGUGCCGUGCAGAGUGCGCUGGAGUAUACUUGUGCGUCAACAGGGAUAUAUUGUCGCUGUUUGGAUUCAAGGGUACAAUGGCCGAGGACAUCUUUUAUAUUAACUGGUUGAUCAUGGCCAGAGCUGGAAUCUGUGCAUUGGAGUUCUACUCACCAACCACAUCGUCGUGGAAGCAGGCACAUAUGCAGGGCAGGUAUGCAAUCUUCCAGGUGUUGCAUCGUGCUGGCCAGGGACUGCUCGAGCUCGAUGUCACCAAAGACAACAUUGAGAUCAGGUUGGACAGGACCAAGAUCGAGUCCAUCGGUGUGCCCGCUAUUGGCGAGUUCCUUCGCCGUCUAAUGGUACUCAAGGCCACUGGCAAUGCUGUUGAGGCCAUCAAGUUGUUCAAUGAUUACACUCAUGUACCAGCCAACUUCCUCGAGAUGAGAGAGACAGUACUCAAGCAGAAGAAGCCUAGAAAGGUGUUUGUUCAGGCUCACACCUAUGUGGAGAAUGGUGAUGUCGUACUUCAGGAGUUCGCCGACACUGCCUUUGGCGUGAUUGACUCGAUGGUUACCAGGUUCCCAAUCCAACAUUAG